ACAACAAUUAAAAAAAAUAAACUGCGUAAUCUUUAAAACACUUUCCAACUAGAACAGGAGGGCACUUCAUUUCGUCUCGCUCUAAGCGAUCACAAAUCACUUCACCAUCAAAACCCUAAAAAAAUGUCGGGCGGGUUUUUCAGGGGCACUUCUGCCGAUCAAGACACUCGGUUCUCCAACAAGCAAGCGAAGCUGUUGAAAUCACAGAAGUUCGCUCCUGAACUGGACCAUCUGGUUAACACCAAGAAUGUGAAGAUGGAUGUUAUUAAACCAUGGAUUGCUAAUAGAGUGACGGAGCUUCUAGGGUUUGAAGAUGAAGUUCUUAUCAACUUUAUUUACGGUUUGCUCGAUGGAAAGGAAGUGAAUGGGAAGGAAGUUCAAAUAUCGCUGACAGGAUUCAUGGAGAAAAACACUGGGAAGUUUAUGAAAGAGCUUUGGACACUUCUUCUUAGUGCGGGGAAGAAUGAAAGCGGUGUUCCUCAACAGUUUUUGGAUGCCAAAGAAGAAGAAACACGGAAGAAGCAGGCAGAGGUGGAUAGGAUAGCAAAUGAAAUCCAAAAGAAGAAAGAGAAAGAGGAGGAGAGUAGAGAACUUGAGAGGGAAAGAUCAAAGAAGAUGGACGAUGAGGUUGAAAAGAAAACCAAUAAUGCUAUGGAGCCAGCUUCAAAGUAUAUGCUGCCUAAGGGUUCGAGUGGCCGUGCUGAGGAUGAAAAAGAAACUGGCACAAGGAAUGGUGCAAGAGGAAGGAAAGGGUCUUGUCAUUCAAUUGAUCAUUCAUUUUCAUCCCCUAUAGGUGCAACUUCUAGGAUCAGCAGGUCGGUUUCAAAUUCGAGAAGUCAUUCGGGGCCUAACUCAAGAAGUGUGUCUAGAUCACCUGAAGCUCGAGGACGACGCUCCAUGUCUUCUGAUAGGGUGUAUCGCUCACCAAGAAGGCGCUCAAUUACACCUCCUCGGAGGAGAUCAUCAUACUCUAAGCAUAGGUCUAGAUCCCCUUUUAGACGCAGGUCACCAUCCCCUAUACGACGUAGAUUGCGUUCUCCCUUUCGACGUAGGUCACCUUCACCCUCACAUGAUAGAUCCCUAUCACCUGUUCGACGCCGUAGGUCACCAUCACCUGUUCGACGCCGGAGGUCACCAUCACCUGUUCGACGCCGCAGAUCUCCUUCGCCUAUUCGACGCCGCAGAUCUCCUUCGCCUAUUCGACGCCGCAGGUCACCUUCCCUUGUUCGCCGCAGAUCACCUUCAUUUGUGCGCCGCAGAUCACCUUCACCUCCACGUCGCAAAUCAUCCCCUUCCAUGCGACGCAAAUCACCGUCUCCUGUACGUCAAAGGUAUCAAAGGUCUCCGUCUACUCCUCACCACAUGUCUCCUCCCAUGCGGCACAAGUCAUCUGUCAUUUCACACAAGAGAUCUCCAACUCCUCUUCAUUGCUCUCCUUUGCCUCACGGAUCAAGCUCUCCAUCUCCUGUACAGCAUAGGUCUCCUUCUCCAGGGAGAUCUCCAAAGGAACUCAAGAGAUCACCCAUGCAGUCCCUUGGAGAAAGAGUCAGAUCACAACAAACAUUGUUGCCUGUUCCGCAACGCUCCUCCAGUUCUUUUAGGUCACAACAAAGAGAUCAAAAGGAUCAAAAAGAUUUACGCACUCGAUUGCCACCUUUAUCUCCUUCUCCAGAGAGGUCUCCACCAGUUGGAAGGAAGAGGAGUGCCAGCGAAGAUAGAAGGUCCCCUAGUCCAUAUGAGAGUCGUGCCAGGCAAAGAAGAGAGCGAAUCACACAUGAUGGUAGCUUGAGUCCUCUGCAACAAAGAGUGAGGAAACCACUUGAGGAUAGUCCAGAAUCUGGCAAAGACCAUGAAGAAACUGGCUAUACUCGGGAGGGCGGGGACUAUAAUUCUACAUCCUCACAUAAACGACCUUUGUAUCCAUCUAACAUGGAUAAGCAGAGAGACCCCCCUCUGAAGUUUCACUGCAAGGAUGAGCAAGCUCUUGAAAGAUUAGCUAGUCAUCAGACCACCGAUUCCCGAAACUAUCCAGAUAACAUGAACUCAAGGAAGAAAGACCAGGAUAUAAAGAUCAGGAAGUCUUCUGGGAGAGGUGGUGAUCAAGAAACUCUCGAAGCACAAAAGUCUCCAUCUUUGUAUAAGAACGAGAAAGACCGCUCACACCUAAACAAUGUUAAGGAUAGUGACAAACGCCGGAAAUCAGAAACUGUGCCAGUGACAGCUGAAAAGGUGCAUCAUAGUAAUGGCAGUGGUGCAUUGGAUUCUGGUUCUGAGGAAAGUGGUAAGCGCAGAGGAGGGAAGAGGGAAAAGUCAAAGCAUAAGAGGUCACAUCGACAUGAAGUGGCUUUGGAUGAUGAUGGCAGCCAUGGUUCUGAACUUGAAGAGAGAAAAGAGACUAAAAGGAGGAGGAAGGAGGAAAAGAAGUUGCGAAAGGAGGAGAAGCGUCGACGGCAUGAAGAGCGACGCCGUAAAAGAGCGGAACGGCAUGCGGAGAAGCUAAAAUUGAAGGGUCGUGAUGAUGCUAGGUCUUCUGAUGAUGAACAUGUUGGGAGGAGGGAGUCUCAUCCAAGUGAUGAAGAGACAGAAUCUGAUCAGAGAAGACUUGAGAUUGAGUUAAGGAAGAAGGCUCUUGAAUCACUUAAAGCAAAGAAGGGCACCAGUCACUGAAUCUGUUACAGCAUUGAACGUCAAGCUCUUUUUUAUACUUUAAUCAUGUUAAGUUGUUCUUUAUAUUUGCUAGGAGCUUUUGCUUUGAAUGGGAGCUCUUUUAUAUGUUGGUAACGAUUUAAUGUAGUCUCUGUUUCCUGCUGGUACCUGAAAUGGAUAAAUGAGGAUUUUCUGAGCAA